CCGCGUGUCGCGAAAAACGCGGUCAAGAAACGCGAUAUGCAACUUUUUGAUCCCCCCCUCUAAGUUAAUAUCCCCUUUCCACUUUCAACUUCAGCCCAUACCAAUUCAGAUUCAUGAUCCACCCCACAGUCGAGAAUUAGUUGGUCUUGUGAAUUUAGCCACAUACCUACUUACUCACUGUCGUAACUGAUCACCUCAUUCCAACAAUUCGAAGAAAGCAGGAAAGAUACAAAAGAAAGAAGAGAAGGAAAUAACCGAAAAGAAUAUUGAGCCAUCAUGGAUAGUUUCAUGCUUCGAGAUGAAGCGGCCAAGGAGCGCAUUCGCUUGGCUGAAGAGUUUCUCGAUCCCCAUGACCAACAUGUGAGAAGUUACCGCUCCGACAUUAUCUUAAUGCUUCAAAAAAAUCAAAAGCGACUUGUCGUCAACCUAGACCACGUUCGCGAUCACGAUGCAACACUCGCAGAUGGUCUAUUAUUCGAUCCGUUUGAGUAUACCCUGGCUUUCAACCAUGCUUUAAAGGAGAUAGUAAAGACUAUUCCACAAGCACGACCUGACCAGACCGACCCCGAUGUCCUAUACUAUUGCGCUUGGGCAGGCAGCUUUGGCCUCAAUUCUUGCAAUCCUCGUACCCUCUCCUCAAACCAUCUGAAUCACAUGGUAUCCAUCGAAGGUAUCGUCACGAGAUGCUCUCUCAUCAGACCGAAGGUGGUAAAGAGCGUACACUACAACGAAAAGAAGAAUAUAUUUCACUUCCGAGAGUAUCGCGACCAGACCAUGACAAAUGGUGUAACAACAUCAGCUGUGUACCCCCAAGAAGAUGAGGAGGGCAAUCCGCUCCUUACAGAGUAUGGAUUUUGCACAUACAGAGAUCACCAAACCAUAUCGAUCCAAGAAAUGCCCGAGAGAGCUCCUGCUGGUCAACUCCCUAGGGGUGUCGAUGUGAUUCUAGACGACGAUUUGGUUGACAAGGUGAAGCCUGGAGACAGAGUCCAACUGGUUGGUAUUUUCCGAACGCUUGGAAACCGAAAUACAAACCACAACAGCGCCCUCUUCAAAACGAUAAUUCUAGCGAACAACGUGGUUCUUCUCUCAUCCAAAGCAAGCGGAGGCGUAGCAACCGCUACCAUUACUGAUACCGAUAUUCGCAAUAUCAACAAAGUCUCUAAGAAGAAGAAUCUGCUCGAACUUCUGUCCCAAUCGCUUGCGCCCAGUAUCUACGGUCACGACUAUAUUAAGAAGGCUAUCCUUCUCAUGCUACUCGGUGGCAUGGAGAAGAAUCUAGAGAAUGGAACGCAUUUGAGAGGAGACAUCAACAUCCUCAUGGUUGGUGAUCCCUCAACAGCCAAAUCCCAGCUCUUGCGUUUUGUGCUGAAUACCGCACCCUUGGCCAUCGCUACGACUGGUCGGGGCUCUUCUGGCGUCGGUCUCACUGCAGCCGUCACCACGGAUAAGGAAACUGGCGAAAGAAGACUGGAAGCAGGUGCUAUGGUUAUGGCAGACAGAGGCGUUGUGUGUAUUGACGAGUUUGAUAAGAUGUCGGAUAUCGACAGAGUGGCUAUUCACGAAGUUAUGGAGCAGCAAACGGUCACCAUCGCCAAGGCCGGUAUUCAUACAUCACUCAAUGCCCGCUGCAGUGUCAUCGCCGCUGCGAAUCCCAUAUUUGGCCAAUACGACACGCACAAGGACCCACACAAGAACAUUGCUCUCCCCGAUUCGCUUUUGUCACGUUUCGAUCUACUGUUCGUCGUCACAGACGAUAUCGAAGAUACUCGUGACCGACAGGUUUCCGAGCAUGUUUUACGCAUGCAUCGUUAUCGCCAACCAGGGACUGACGAAGGUGCACCGGUUCGCGAAAUCACCCAACAGGCUCUUUCAGUCGCAUUACAAAGCCAGGACGCUACUCAGCGGCCCACGGAGGUAUACGAAAAGUACGACGCCAUGUUGCAUGCGGGUGUUACUGUGACUUCUGGCCGUGGCGCGAACAAGCGGCGCGAAGUCUUAAGCAUCCCUUUUAUGAAGAAAUACAUACAAUACUCCAAGAACAGAGUUAAGCCCGUCCUUACUCAAGAUGCGUCAGAUCGAAUUGCAGAUAUAUAUGUUGGGCUACGCAAUGACGAAAUGGAAGGCAAUCAAAGGAGGACCUCGCCAUUAACAGUCCGUACUCUAGAGACUCUGAUCCGUCUCGCAACUGCUCACGCCAAAUCACGACUCUCAAACCGAGUUGAAGAGCGUGACGCGCUAGCUGCAGAAGCUAUCCUUCGCUUUGCCCUGUUCAAGGAAGUUGUGGAGGAUGAGUCGAAACGGAAGCGCAGACGCACCCAACGUCCUGAGUCGGAUUCAUCAGACGAAGACAGUGAUGGCGAUGAGAAUAACCGUGGCGAUACUACGUAUAGAGGUUCCACGACUAACGGUAGGACCUCACUUCCGACUCGAACAGCGACCCGAGGCCAGCCAUCGAACAAUAGUAGCCGCCGUACGAAUGGUCGCAAUGCAGCCAGCUCGCCUGGUUUAGAGAACGAUGGCGAUGAUAAUGAAAAUGGGGAGAUUUAUAACGCUACACCAAGACGCUCGAAUCGAAGCGCAGCCGCAUCAUCAUCAAACGCACCCACAACAUCCCAAAUCUCUUUUGCCUCCUCGGUACCAUCUUCGCAACUCGAAACGCAGGAUCAAGAGACACAAGAUGAUGCAGAACUCGCUUCAGGUGCAGCCGAUCUCAGCAUCGAUACACCUAUCACCCCCGAAAGGCUCGCGGCGUUCCGGACCGCGCUCGGGCAAUUACUUAACACAGAUGUAUUCGAAGAUGAUUCAGCAGAUUUGACUCGUCUUCUUGAGGCCGUUAACCGUCGCAUGGGUGGAAGAGGAGCCGCCUUCGCGAGGGAAGAAGCUAUCAAAGCGCUCAAGGAGAUGGACAGGGCUAACCAGAUCAUGUACACGGAAGGCGAACUCGUCUACAAGAUCUAGAUAAAGCCUAGAAAAUAACGACGAUUACGGUAUAUGUUUCCAACGGGGAUGAAAGGGACAUGGGUGGCGUUUUUACUUAUCUCAGGGGCUUCGAAUUUGUAUUUUGCCCCUUUGGACAAACGCGACGAUUGGACCUGUCUCGUUGUUGGUCAGACUUUUUAUGAAGAUGAUUGCCUAGGUGCUUAGGUGGAUUAUGAGCUAUGGGUUGCCUACCUGCCUUAAGUGCAUGAGUGCCUACUGAGAUGAACUAUGUUGUCAAACGAAAUAAUCACGAUGGAUGUCUACAUAGUGUGUACCUGCCUACCUUGUGUAAAUAGAUAGGAGGUGCUGACUUAAUUCAUGAGAUUGACUUGAAAAGAA